CCGCUGCCGUAAACCACCCUGGCACCGUCGCAAAACGAAGCCGCGAGCGCCCGGCCGCUGCCCUGACUGUCGCAAAAAGCGUCCGCGCCUUGCGGCGGCCGCCCGCCGGCGGCGAAUGGGGGGCGAUGCAAGAUGGCGGCGGUAGCUGAGGAGCCGCCGGAGGUGGCGGCGGUGAAGCCCGACCCUGAGGCGGGGACGCCGCCGCAGCCCCCCGCCGCCGCUCCCCCGGCCGCCGCCGCCACAGCCCCCGCCGCUCCUCCGGCCCCGGCGGCUGAGGGGGAAGCGGCGGGGAACGGCGGGGAUGCGGCGGCCGCCGCUAAGGCUGCGGCACCGGGCCCGGCCGCCUCCCCGGCGGCGCUGGACCGGCAGACGCUCGUGGCCGUGCUGCAGUUCCUGCGGCGGAGCAACCUCCGCGAGUCCGAGGAGAUCCUCCGCCGGGAAGCACGCCUGCUCGGCGACGACCUGGGAGCCGCUGCCCUCAGCCCCACCGGAGCCGGGCUUUUGGGAGCAGCCGGCGGCGAGGGGGAUGCCGGCGGCAGCGAGGCGCUGCUCAACCGGGUCACCGCCGCCGCCGCCAUCUCGAUAGGAGGCAGCGUCGCCACCGUCGCCUCUGCCAGCCCCGGGGUAGCGGCAGCCGCCGCCGUGCCGCCGGGGAAAGUUGGAGGAGGUGUUGUGGAAGAUCAGCCAGAUGUGAGCGCAGUAUUGUCUGCCUACAAUCAGCAGGGGGACCCCACCCUGUAUGAGGAAUACUACAGUGGAUUAAAAAACUUCAUUGAGUGCUCGCUGGACUGUCAUCGAGCUGAAUUGUCUCAACUGUUUUAUCCUCUCUUUGUGCACAUGUACUUGGAGUUGGUCUACAAUCAGCACGAGAGUGAGGCAAAGUCUUUCUUUGAAAGAUUUCAUGGGGAUCAGGAGUGUUAUUACCAGGAUGACCUCCGUGUAUUAUCUAGUUUAACCAAAAAAGAACAUAUGAAAGGUAACGAGACCAUGCUGGAUUUCCGAACGAGCAAGUUUGUGCUGCGUAUUUCCCGGGACUCUUACCAACUCUUGAAGAGGCAUCUGCAGGAAAAGCAGAACAAUCAGAUCUGGAACAUUGUUCAGGAACAUCUCUACAUUGAUAUCUUUGAUGGAAUGCCUCGAAGUAAACAACAGAUAGAUGCCAUGGUUGGAAGCUUGGCUGGGGAGGCAAAACGAGAGGCAAAUAAAGCAAAGGUGUUCUUUGGCUUAUUGAAAGAACCAGAGUUUGAUGUGCCUUUGGAUGAUGAAGAUGAAGAAGGAGAAAAUGAGGAAGGAAAACCAAAGAAGAAAAAACCUAAAAAAGAUAGUGUAGGAUCAAAAAGUAAAAAACAAGACCCUAAUGCUCCUCCCCAAAACAGAAUUCCUCUGCCUGAACUGAAAGACUCUGACAAACUGGAUAAAGUAAUGAAUGUGAAGGAAGCUGCCAGACGUGUGCGUCUUGGCCCAGAGUGCCUGCCCUCCAUCUGCUUCUACACAUUCCUUAAUGCUUACCAGGGUCUAACUGCAGUGGAUAUUACAGAUGACUCUAGCAUGAUUGUAGGAGGCUUUGCUGACUCUACAGUAAGAGUGUGGUCUGUGACUCCGAAAAAGCUACGUAGUGUGAAAGCUGCAGCAGACCUCAGUCUAAUCGACAAAGAAUCAGACGAUGUCCUGGAGAGGAUCAUGGAUGAGAAAACAGCCAGUGAGUUGAAGAUUUUGUAUGGUCACAGUGGACCUGUCUAUGGCACCAGCUUCAGUCCUGAUAGGAACUAUCUGUUGUCCUGUUCUGAGGAUGGCACAGUCAGAUUGUGGAGUCUCCAAACAUUCACAUGUUUGGUGGGAUAUAAAGGACACAAUUAUCCAGUAUGGGAUACACAGUUCUCGCCUUACGGAUAUUACUUUGUGUCAGGGGGACAUGACAGAGUGGCUCGACUGUGGGCAACAGAUCACUACCAGCCUUUACGGAUAUUUGCUGGCCAUCUUGCUGAUGUCACAUGUACCCGAUUUCAUCCCAACUCUAACUAUAUUGCCACUGGCUCAGCAGACAGGACUGUACGGCUCUGGGAUGUUCUAAAUGGGAAUUGUGUAAGAAUAUUCACUGGACAUAAGGGACCAAUUCAUUCGUUGGCAUUUUCUCCUAAUGGACGAUUCCUGGCUACCGGAGCAACAGAUGGCAGAGUUCUGCUGUGGGAUAUUGGACAUGGCUUGAUGGUUGGAGAAUUGAAAGGGCACACUGACACUAUCUAUGCGCUUCGAUUCAGUAGAGAUGGGGAAAUCUUAGCAUCAGGUUCAAUGGAUAACACAGUUCGGCUGUGGGAUGCUGUGAAAGCAUUUGAAGAUUUAGAAACUGAUGACUUUACUACAGCCACUGGACAUAUAAACUUGCCUGAAAACUCUCAGGACUUAUUACUAGGUACAUACAUGACCAAAUCAACCCCAGUUGUACACCUUCAUUUUACCCGCAGAAACUUGCUACUAGCUGCAGGAGCCUACAGUUCACAGUAAACGGAGAAGCUGUAAGACUGGCUGUGCCAAGUUGUUGCAGUAGCGACCUCAGGAUGUGAGACAAGGAGGAAUGUCUUGUACAGGUGGACCUCACCAGUCUGUUGCAGGAAAAACAAAACUAUGUAAACUAACUCAAGCAGCGUCUUCUGAGUUCUGCUUUCAUAUUUAUCCACAGUUUGAAAAUGCUGGAGAUUGACAGGACAUCAUCGUGGCUUUAAAGGAAGGAAUUGUUUCAUGGUGCUUUUGAUAAAAAAUAUAUGUAUGUAUGUAUAUGAAAAUGGCUGUCUCAGAGAUGGUGUUGAGCUCUGCUGAAACUUUUGGGAAGUUAACAGCCUUGGUAUGUGUUCUCAGAUGAUUUUUUUAAAGCACUUAACUUACGGUUGGCAAAUGUUUAAUCAGUCUCAAGCACAGGUAAAAACUAUUAAGAAAAGAAUGUAGUUUAAUUCACUGUAGCCUGGGCUGGGCAACAGGUAUAGUGAGAGUAUCACAGCAACAAAUAGGGCAUUGAAAAAAUAGGCCCAACAGGCAGAAGCUUGUGGGGAACUGUGGAGAAGUUACAUAUGGAUUUUAUGCAUCCAAGCACCAAGUCCUGAAAAGAUUUCAAACUCCUGUGCUUUUUUGAGGUAUCAGAAAUGCAGAUCUUGUUAUUCUGUUUUCACAGGUAGCUUCUGCUGCAUGAUAAGCAACCAGAAAUACAGUGUGAACACGUUGGAGGGGGGUUGGGGAGAAGGGGUUGAGGCACAGCCGAAAUGGUUCACCCACUCUUAAAAAGAGGGGAAUUAAUCCUGUCUUAUUAGAUCUAAAAGAGCUUCAAAAACCUGCAUCCCUUCUCCAUAUGGUUUAGUAUAUCAAACUGUAAAACUAGUGGACAAGACAUCAAAACAUUAUUGCAGAGCAAGCAGCUUAACCAGUCCUAAGUGUGAUUAUCAGCUUUGAAGGGCUAGCUCAUCGGCUGAUGAGAUACUUUCCACCUAGAAAACCACCCCAGUAAGUCUUGCUGGACAACUAGUAAAGCGGAGAGCUUCGUUUCUAAGGAAAAGUAAAACAUGCAAAGCACUGGGAGACAGAACUUUUUGGGUCUUUGAACAGAAACAUCACUACCAAAAGAAAGCCCUUCCCCUCCUUUUUUUUUUUGUUAAUCUUACAAGCUCUAUACUGGGAAAUCUGUUUUGUGUUCCCUUUUACUUACAAUAAGGGCAUGGACCCUUGUAUGGCUGAGUCUCUAGUGAAAAUGUGAAAAACAAGAUUUGACAUUUCUAAGGUAACAUAAAUGGAGAACUACCUCUUAUCAUCCUUUCUCUGACUCUAACCCUUGGAGUAAAGGUGCAUUAGAGGCAUUAAACGUCAAGAUAAAGGGUGGAAAAUUCAUUAGGAAAUUCACCUGGAAGUUUUCUUUAAAGACAAAGUAUUUUCUUUAACUAAAUUAUUGAGGUGUGGUGUUUUUUUUUUGUUUUUUUUUUUUGCACGGAAUGGUACCUCAAAAUUUCCUAGCACCCAAUACAACCUGUUGGAUUUAAUUACAGUGAAUCAAGCAAGUUACCUGAAAGCAUGUACAGAUUUGACAGCUUAAAGAAAACACUGCCACAUUCUGCCUUUGUAUUUUGUACAGUUUUAUACUUUUGAUAGUAUAAUAAAUACUAAAACCACAUAGCUUGUGUCCGUAGACUAUAUGUUAUGAGAAGAUACUUCCCUUGAUGGCUGCAAUGGAAGCAAGAAUGCUGCUUAUAAAUGUUAGUACUCUCCUGAGAGAAACAAAGUAGUUCAGAAGUGCUGUAGUUGAUGACCAACUGUUUAAUGUAAAUUUAGUUCAAGUGGCAGAUGAUACAUUCUAGCUAAUUACGUGUAUUACAGUUACCACCACCAAUCAGGAAAGCUGUAUAGAGCAGAGGCAGUUGGUGUAAACAUAAGACAGAUUUAUUCCUAUUAUUAGGACACUAGAUUUUAUUCAGAAGGGUGGGCCAGCAUGUAAAAAUGACUAAGAAUACACCAAUGAGAGUGGGAGAGCACAAGAACCUUGUGUAAUUUCUCUGAAUUACAUUCUCUUUUUUCCAAGCAACUGCGCCCAUCUCCUGAUGCUCUAAGUUUAGGAAUUGUAUUUGCAGCAUGCUUGAGAAUCAAAAGUCCUAGGUUCAACUCCUGCUGCUGGCAGCCUUCCAAGAGCCACGGUGCUGCAUAAUCACAUUCAUGUCAGCACUAGCGUGAAAACUAAGGAACUGAAUUUUACUGAAUAUUGAGGGAUAGAAAGACAGUGGGUAGAGAACAUGACAGAGCAGCUUUAGUGGUGGGCACAGAGGGGCUGUAUAUACCUAACUGGUAGGAAAAGCUCAUUAAGAUACUGUGCCCAGAAAAGCAGUAGUAUUGAACUACUUAAGUUACUAUUUGUGAACACGUAGGGUUGUAACAGUUUGGUAUCAGCAAAAAGCAAGCUAUUUUCAUGCUGCAGUUACCUCUUUAAGAGAGGCCAGUAACAGAAAAAGCUCAAAUACCGUAAUUAGUAAACAACCCCUAUAUUUCACUGUUCUGGUCCCCCAAUUCCUCCCACUCCCCCUCCUUACCCCUUGACUAAGAUGGCUCACAAGAACAAGACAAAAUACUCUCAAAUGAGUGCUCAGGAAGCACUGCGCUAAAUUCGAUCUCAUGAUCUAAAAAGAUGUAACACCUCCAUGCCAUCAAAUCCCAUUUAUACACUUUAA